AUACACACUCACACAUGCGUUUGCAGCCACGUACGCCAACUGCGAUGCACUGCAACUUGACUGAGGCCACAGCAGCCAGCUUCAAUGCCACCUCCGCCACCGCCAACGCCGCCAGCAACAGCGCCAACGCCAAUCCCGCGUCUGCGGUUAAAAAGCGCGUCGCCGAGGUCGCAUUGGGCGGUGUGGUCGCGGCGGCGGAUGGCGCUCUGUGGCUGCGUGUGCCCGGCCGCGAGGAGACUUCCAGCUGCCGGCGCAGAAGAAAGUUGGCCGCCGCAUGAGAGGUCGCCAAAUUCUACACAUAUAAAAUUUUUUCUAUGAAUUGGAAGAACUGAAAAAUGAUUUAGUACAUAUGUAUAUGUAUAUACUACAUAUAGAUAUGUGUAUGACUUAGCCUGUAUUUUAUUAGUUUUGUAAUUAUUUAUUUUAAUAUUUGUUGCUCACGCUCGCCCAAUUCUUUUUUCGGCUUAAUAUUGCAAGCAAUUUCUCGCUGAAUUGAAGUGACGCAUACAUACAUACAUAUAUAAUAUAUACAAAAAUAUGUACAUAUGUAUGUUGUGUUGAAAUUGCAGAUAUUACCGAAUUUAUUUCAAAAGCUAACGCGAAAACUACGAAAUUAAUGACAAAAAGCCGCAAAAGCGCGCACGAACACACACCCACAUGCAGAUGUGUAUAUAAGCAUAUAAAGUUUUGCAAUAAAAGCAUGUUGAUGUAUUUAAGCAGUAUAUAACAGAAAUAUAUAUUUAUAUAAACAUACAUAUGUACAUGUAUAUAGGCAAAGUAAAUACUGGAAAUAGUUUAAUAGCCAAUUUUACACGUUGACUUACAAUAUUAAAGACAAUAAAUCAAUAAACUUGAAACUUGUACUCGUAUAUACAUACAUAAAUACAUAAAUAUUCCUACUGUCGGUAACCAAGUUUUCCUAUUUAGCAAGCCUACAAAUAGUUACAUACAUACUAUAUACAUACUACACUGCGUAAAUAUUUAAAAAUUAUAUGUAAUUUUCACAAUUUAAUAAAGAAUAUGGUUUUUUCAGUUGAAUAAUGAUAUUGAACAAUUAACAAAAAUUUCAGUUGAAAUAAUAUUACAACUAUAAAAAAUUUCAACUGAAAAAAAGUUUAA